AUGGCCUCUGCGUUAGAGGACCUGCGCGCCGCGUUCCCCAAGCCUGACCAGAUCUCUACGAAGCCAGAGGACCUGCACGCCUACGCGAACUCCACGUUUGCCCACUACGGAGGUGGUGCGCACUCUGUCGUGGUGCAUGUGGAAGGCACAGACGACGUCGUAAAGGCCGUGAACAUAUCGCGGAAGCACCUUGUGCCUAUCGUCGCGUACUCGGGCGGCACGUCGACGGAGGGCAGCAUCGCUGCCCCUGCACAUGCCAGCGGAAGCUUGUGCGUCGACUUGUCGCGCAUGAACAAGAUACUUGAGAUCAACGAGGCAGAUUCGGACGUCAUAUGUCAAGCAGGAGUACAAUGGAACGUGCUUAAUGACGUGUUGAAGGACAAAGGGAUCCCUCUAUUUUUCCCGCUGGAUCCCGGCAUCGGAGCUACCGUCGGGGGAAUGAUCGCGCAGGGCUGCUCAGGAACCAACGCUGUGAAGUAUGGCACCGCUCGCGCAGAGUACAUCAUCAACCUCACAGCCGUGUUGCCCUCAGGCGAGGUCAUAAAGACCCGUCAGCGCGCACGAAAGUCGUCCGUAGGAUUCGACCUCGCAAAGCUGUUUAUCGGUGCUGAGGGCACGCUUGGAAUUGUCACGGAAGCAACCCUCCGGCUCGUUCCACUGCUACCUUGGAAGGUCGCGAUAGCAGCGUUCGACAACGUCGACGAUGCCACCCAGGCAGUGCUUGAAGCCCUCAACAAAGGUGCUUCCAUCCAAUGCGCCGAACUCGUCGACAGCAUCUGCAUCCGCGCGAUGAACACGUACGGCACCUGCAGGCUGAAAUGGCCCGAGACAGACAGCGUGCUGUUCAAGUACGCAGGCACCCCGGCUGCGAUCGCCGAGACCGCCGAGCUCGUGCGGGACGUCGUCGCCAAGUACGGCGCUGGCGCGGUGGAGGGACGGUACACGUUUGUGGAGAAGGACGAUGACGCGGACGCGCUGUGGAUCGACCGGAAGAGUCUCGCGGGGACGCUGUCGAGGCUGCAUCCGGGGUACAAGGGCUGGGUGACGGACCUUUGCGUGCCUGUGAGCAGGCUGCCGGACCUGAUCAAGUUCUCGAGGGCCGAGUUCGACAGGCUCGGGCUGAUCGCGCCGAUCAUGGGGCACGUCGGGGACGGCAACUUUCACGCGUUUAUUCUCGCGAGUAACGACGAGGAGUAUCAGAAACGCAAGGAGGUCUUCGAUACUAUCGCGUGGAAGGCUAUUGAGCUCGAUGGAACGUGCACUGGAGAACACGGUGUCGGUACAGUCAAGAAGAAGUACCUCCCACGUGAGCUGGGAGACGGCACGCUCGCGCUGAUGAGGAGCAUCAAGCAGACCUUGGAUCCGCUGAACCUGUUCAACCCCGGAAAGCUGUAUCCCGACGACGAAUCUUGA